AUGAGUGUAUUCAGUCGAUUGUUUACUGGAAUAUGCUCGUCAAAGUCGAAAAUCUUCGAAGCAUCAUCCAUCGAAGAUGACAAUGAUUGUCUUGACGAAGAUGGCAUCAUUAUUUGGUUAGAGAACGAAGAUGAUGGUCCUGAUGUUCAGAAAAAAUUGCAAGAAUCACGGAGUGUAUCCAGUCGAAUUAAAACUUGUGCUAAUGAAAAAGAAUGCUUUGAUAUUAUGAUGAAAUAUCCCGAUGAAAGAGCCUUUGUAAUCAUUACAGGCCGAUUUGAUGAUGAAACGUUGUCUCGCGUACAUCAAUGGAAACAAGUGGAUUCCAUCUAUCUCUAUUCUAGAAACGAUGAAAACAACAAGCGGAGAAGUGAGAGGUGGUUCAAAGUGAAAAACACUUCAUCAGAUAUCUCGGCGAUUAGUGAAACUGUUCGAGAAAAUCUUCGACAAUGUGAAUACAAUUCAAUUCCCAUCAGUCAGAUGAAAUCAAUCGACAGCUUAACAACAACUCAGUGUUUCGACGAACAAAAUGUUUCGUUUAUGAACACAUUACUCCUACGACGAAUUUUAUUAAAAAUUGAUUUUGACAAGACCUCUAUCAAAGAAUUUGCUGACUAUUACGAGAGAGAACAUAAGAAGAAAUUAGAAAUAUAUGAUCAAGAUCCACAAGAAUCAAAGGACGAUUCAAAAGAAUAUAAACGAAUCUCAGAAGACUUGAAGAGAACUGUUGAAUUCCGGAAAACUUAUAAGAAGAACAAAGCUAUAAAAUGGUACAGUGAUGAGACUUUUAUAUACAAAACACUGAAUCACGCGCUACGUCUGAUGGAUAUUGGAACUCUCAUGCGAUUUGGCUUUUUUUUGAAGGAUCUUCAUUUACAAAUCGAUGCAUUACGAAUCGAACAGUACAAAAAAGGACGAUUUCCAAAACUGUUUGAAGUCUAUCGUGGUCAACAGUUAUCAAAAGAUUCACUCGAUCGAUUGAAAAAGACGCCAAAUGAAUAUCUUUCAUUCAAUAAUUUUCUAUCGACCAGUUUACAACGUAAGACAGCUAUAGACUUCUCCAAAUCUGCAGCAAAUCCCGACUUACCCCGUGUUUUGUUCAUUAUGCAGAUUGAUCCAACAAUUGACUCAGCCCCAUUUGCCGCUGUUGAUGAUAUUAGUGCAUGUGACGGCGAAGAAGAGGUUCUCUUCUCAAUGCAUACCGUUUUUCGUAUUCAAAGUGUCAAAGCACCGAAUGCGAACAAUGAUUAUUGGGAAAUUCACUUAGAACUAGUCGAUACGUGGGAUCAUAAACUGAAUCAACUAAUACAAUUUUCUGACGAAGAAAAUCAGGGACUUUCCUUGUGGGAUAAUCUCGGCCGAUUUUUUAUCAUGACUAACAAGUUGAACAAAGCGGAAAAACUUUACAAGUUUCUUUUGAGAAGAGCACCAACUAAACGUGAAGAAGCCAAUUGCUACAAUCAACUCGGUCAGAUCAAAGAUCAACUAUGUGAAUAUGAUGCAGCAAUGACAUAUUUAGAACGGUGUCUCAAUAUUCUAAGGUUAACUGGUCACGAAAAUCCAGCUGAUUUAGCGAGUUGCUACACGAAUAUCGGUGCUGUCCACGCUCACACACGUGAUUAUGAAAAUGCAUUUAAAUAUCAUCAAGCGGCAUUGAAGAUUCGCCUCGAAGCUCAAUGUCCAGAUCAAGUUGAUCUUGCUAGUUGUUAUUAUAAUAUGGGUUUUAUAUGCAAAGACAUGGGUGACUAUACCAAAGCACAAAUACAUUUCGAAAAAGCACUGAUUCUUCGAAGGAAAUAUUUGCCGAACAAUCAUCCUCAUAUAUCUGAAGUUGAAGAGCAACUGUUAUCCGUCCGUAAUCCAUUAGGCGUACAGAAUCGUUCAUAUAACGUACCGAAGUCUUGUUAUAACAUUCCGAUUCGAGUUCCAUCGCAAAACCGAUGCUUUGAUCAACAGCCGUAUCGUUGUGAUAUAGCUUUAAAUGACAGCUGCAUCAACGGAAAUCUUGCCCCAAUGCAACCAGUUUUGAAUAAGCAAACCAGUCAUAUUCAAUACUUGUCAAUUCCAUCGGCAGAUUGCAUUCAAAUGAUGACUAAUUCUAUUCUAUGUCAAAUACGUUGUAAAGUACCCGAAGAAGAUGCGCGUUUACUUUGCUACUGUCUUCCAUCGUUGAUUCGACAGAUUAUGUGCAAAAGUCCAUGGUUGACACCGAAUGAUGUCAUUCAAUGGUUGACUGCGGAUAUUCUAAAAGAAACUAUGAUCGACACUGGGGACAAUCAGAUCGACGAACCGAUGCAUUCGCAUCAACAGCAGAAAAUAGAUCGCGUUUCGAACAACUCACCCGAUAGUUUAUCUUCCUAUCAAGGUCGACAUUCUCAAGAAUCGAUUGGAUCCGAGUCAAAUUUUGAUUCACCGAUGACUAAUCAUACGGAUCGACAAGUGAAAGGUUUUCGUCAUGAAUCUCGAGAACUACAGUCGAGAAAACGAAUCAACAAUGCUCGUUCUUCAUCAACACAUUCCUAUCAGAGUCAAUAUCCAAAUGAUGAUUCGCUAUCCAAUGAUUCUAAACUUUCAACAAAAGAGAGAAGAAGUCCUUCGUUGAACAAGAAGACUCCCGCUCACGAUGAUGAACGAAGUUUUUCAUCACAUUCGAUUCGUUCGACAAAUUCAAAGAAUAAUAUCGAAGAAAGCCGUGUUCAACCGAAAACAUCCGCGAGCCCGUCAUCACGGAUUCGUCUAGACUUUCCGGGCAAAAAGGAUGCGAAUGCAGUUCGUGACGUCGAAAAAUGUUUGGCUUUUUACGAAAAAAUCCGUGGUUAUUUUGAUGACGACGUUGCUGCAAUGCUUUUGAGAUGUUGUUUGUGCUAUGGUCAUUGUUCCGGGAAUACGUGA